ACAAUUAAUUAGAAUUUCCUUUUGAAAUUAAGGAAAUAAUAUACAAAAAAAGGAAAUCCUAAUUAAACUGACAAACUUCCGUUACAGUUUAGAUCGUGAUUUUAUACGGUUAUAAAAGCUACACAAGCUUUCGUAUUUAGCCAAAUUCAUAACAAAAAAAAAAAAAGAAAACUAUUCGCAGACCGCUACAAUAAUGGCCCUGGUUCGCAAAAACUCUUCUGCUUCUCUCGAUGAGAUCAAACCAUGGAAGAUCAAAGUGCAGAUUGUUAGAACGUGGAAGGGUGAUAACAAAGAAUCAGGCAACUCCGUCGACAUGGUUUUACUCGAUUCAUCGGGGACAAGAAUUCACACAACUAUAGAUGAAGCUUUUUCUAAAUGGAUUUCGGAUAUUGGUGAUGGAAAUAUCAACAAGCAAAAUAAUGGAGAAACUGAAUUUGAAAUUUCUGAAGAUUUGUUGAUAACUGAAUGCAAAGAUCCUAUCAAAACUAUGGUGAAGGAAGUUUAUGGAGAAUCUUUUGCACAAUCCUAUAAUCCUGAUUUUUAUCAAGAGAGGGCUAUUUUGUGUCGUAGUGAUUGCGAUGUGGAUCAGAUUAAUGAUUAUAUGCUUAUUUCACUACUACCAGGUGAAGAGAAAGAAUGUUACAGCGCUGACAGUAUUUCUCCAUCGCAUUCAAGCCCAAAUGACGACAUGUUUGUCCCUCUAGAAGUUUUGAAUAGUAUCAAAGCCCCCGGAUUGCCUGAUUUUAAGUUGAGGUUAAAGGUUGGUGCUCCCGUCAUGUUACUUAGGGACCUUGAUCCUAGCCGAGGGUUAUUUAAGGGGACAAUUAAGACUUCAAAUUACUCGGCUGGGUGGGUUUGUGCUUGAAGCUAUGAUUAUAACAGGUAAUAUGCAUGGUGAGAAAGUCUUGAUUACUAGGAUACCUUCAUACCCCACAGAAGCAAAUUUUCAUAUCAAAAUGCGGCGUACGCAAUAUCCUUUGAAACUUGCGUUCGCGAUGACUAUAGAUGAAGCUCAGGGGCAAACACUUUCAAAAGUUGGUCUAUAUCUACCAAGACGAGUGUUCUCUAAUGGACGACAGAUGUUUGUUGCGAUAUCCAAAGUGAAGUCCAGAGCUGGUUUGAAAGUUCUUAUCACAGAUAAAGAUGGGAAACCACAGGAAGAAACCAAGAAUGUUGUGUUCAAGGAGUUGUUUCAGAACAUUUAGUCGUCAACAUGUGUCAGACUGGUUUUUUUUAUUUUGUUUUUCAGGCUAGCUGCAAACUGAUUAAUUUUGAUUUUUUUUCAUGAUUUUUCUACUGGUUUAGUUCAGACUAUCAUGUUUUA